UGGUUGCGAGUAGUGGCGUUGCCGGAUUGGCCGAAGAGGAAUUGGUCUUGGAUGAGAGGAUGCGAGCCGACGGUCAAAGGGAAAAGAGAGGGAGACUGAGGCUCGGAGAGCCGUGAGCUGUGAGCGAGAGAAGAGCGAAGGUGGGGAGAAGCGCGAGUCAGAGAGGGACUGGGAAUCGGAACAGUUCGGAUGCACACCGUGCAAGGACGGUGAUUCAGUUAGCGGCAAGCCGCCGUCGGUGAAGGAUCGUUGAUCGUCGGUUUUUCGUUUUUCUUCGCGUCGCAUCGCAUCGCAUCGCAUCGCAUCGCAUCGCAUCGCGCUGAUUCGGAUCUGUGGCGAGCCGCGCGUCGUGCACCGUGUUUCGUGUUCCGUCUUUCCGAGAUACGAUUCGUUUCAUGUUGAAACGCAGCCGUCGCGUGUACACGCGCACGCGCCCCCGACUCGUUACAAUUGCACGGCUCGCUUAGGAAUGAAAUUGACACGCGCGUUCCGCUUGAAAAUCGAAUACACCUGAUUGCGAGAGACGCUCGAUGAAAUAUAUCGAAGCUGGUUAGCCUGUGUCGAAUCGUCCUUGUUGAACGAACAUUGGAAAAAUUCGUUCCGAAAUCGCGAUCGCUAUCGCGACGAAAUUCGAAUCGAAGAUCUUUUAGUCUAGUCUUGAAGGAGGGAACGCGUGUGGUUCGCAAGCGGGACCGCUUUUGUUUUCGCCAGCCCUCCGGUAUAAUGCGAACAGGAAGAAAAAUCGAAGCGAGCGGCUUCGUGGUGGGCAUCGACACUCUGAUCGUGAAAGUUUAAUCGAUCGGUCGAUAUGACGAGCAGGAGAGAAGCGUAGGAUCCGACGAUUCGAAACUCGGUAGGAUCGAAAACUCGAACGGUGUCGUUUUACCCGAGAGAAGAACAGAGCGAGGAAAUAAUCGCCGAACGAGACAAGGACGGUUUGUGCGUAGGUGACACAGCAAGGGGCUGUGGGGGAGGGUGAGGGGCGGGGAAGGGAAGGGAAGAGAAGGGAAGGAGGCGUGUAAGAGAGAGUAAGAGAGAGAGAGAGAGAGAGAAAGAGAGAAAGAGAAAAGUUGUAUCGCGCGCGAACAAACUCGACGAAGAUGAAGAGUGGAGCAAAGGCACGAUUGUUGGGAAUCGUCUGCGGAGUGAUUCUGUUCGAUUGCGGGAACGCAUUGGCGGGUAGCGAGAUCUACGCGAAGACAUUCCCGAGCCAACAACAUCCGUCGGACCCGUGCUACGACGAGGACAGACCGCGUCGAUGCAUCCCGAAUUUUGUGAACGCGGCAUUUGGAGCGGCGGUGGAGGCUUCGUCGACCUGUGGAAGCGGCGGGCCCACGAGGUACUGCGACGUGAUCGAACAGCCGGGUGGUAGCACGGGUAUAGGUCAGUGCCACAUCUGCGACGACAGCACGCCGCGACGUCGAUUUCCUGCGAGCUACCUCACGGAUGUGAGCAACCCCAACAACGUGACCUGCUGGCGAAGCGAGCCUCUCGUCACCUCCCAGAGUUUCUCCGCACCGCCAGACAAUGUGACCUUGACCCUCUCUCUAGGAAAGAAAUACGAACUGACCUACGUCAGCCUGCAAUUCUGUCCAAAAGCGGCCAAGCCGGACUCGAUCGCGAUUUACAAAUCGAUGGACUACGGGAAGACGUGGCAACCGUUCCAGUUCUAUUCGUCUCAGUGUCGGCGAGUAUACGGCAGACCGAAUCGCGCCACCAUCACAAAGGCGAACGAGCAAGAGGCCAGAUGCACCGACAGUCAUCGAUAUACCGGUGGUAACGGCCUCGCGCCCGUCGGCAGGAUCGCGUUCAGCACCCUGGAGGGCCGCCCGUCGGCUUCCGACUUUGAUAACUCGCCGGUUCUUCAGGAUUGGGUUACCGCGACCGAUGUUCGUGUCGUCUUCAAUCGGCUUCACAUGCCCCAGCAGCCGUCGCAGGAACAAGUCUUGCAACUAGGUGGAACUGGCGACGAUCACGACCGCGAUCAUGGCCUGGGCCUCGAGGAGUUGGCGAAACGCGAGAGGGAGAGAGAGGAGAGGUUGAAGAAUCAACAGAAGAGCCCCGCUCGUGCAGGUUUGCUCGAUUCAUUGGCGACCGCUUUGCCCUCGGUACAUCAGGUUAUCGCGCCGCAAGAGAUGCAAUCGAACGACGCGGUUGACGACGAUGAGAGCGAGUUUGCAGCGGCGGCGGCGGCGGCGGCGGUCACCGUCUCGACCAGUACGAGCAGCACCCUCGCCAGUAAUCAUGGGACCAGCACGCUGGCUCAUCAUUACGCGGUCUCGGAUUUCGCCGUCGGCGGCAGGUGUAAGUGCAACGGCCACGCGGCAAGGUGCAUCCAAGGCAAGGACGGCGAGGUCGCCUGCGAGUGUAGGCAUAACACCGCCGGCAGAGACUGCGAGAGGUGUCGCCCGUUCCACUUCGAUCGACCAUGGGCACGAGCCACUGCCAGAGAUGCCAACGAAUGCAAAGAAUGCAACUGCAAUCUCCAUGCAAGAAAGUGCAGAUUCAACAUGGAACUAUACAAGCUGUCGGGUCGUGUCAGCGGAGGCGUUUGUCUGCAGUGCCGGCAUUUUACAGCAGGAAGACACUGUCACUAUUGUCGGGAAGGUUACUACAGGGAUCCGGCGAGACCGAUCCAACAUCGUAAAGCCUGCAAACCGUGUGACUGUCAUCCGAUCGGAGCUUCCGGAAAAACUUGUAACCAAAGUACCGGCCAGUGUCCGUGUAAAGACGGAGUAACUGGUACCACUUGUAACAGAUGUGCCAGAGGUUACCAACAGAGUAGAUCGCACAUUGCACCUUGUAUCAAAAUACCGAGGGUUGUGCAGACUCAAGGGACAGCUGGUGAGGAGAGCGGAGAACACGAAGACGACGACGACGAGCGCGGUUACGAUGGACGAGCUGAUCAAUGUGGAAAAUGCCGAGCCAGCACUAAAAGAUUAAACCUGAACAAGUAUUGCAAAAGAGACUAUGCUAUUCUGGGUAGGAUAACAGAUAGACACAAAAAGAACGAUGGCUCUCCAGCAGGAACGAGCGUGUCUGGUUCAGUUUGGAUACGUUUCACCUUAAAUGUUGACUUUAUUUAUAAAAAAUCUUCAAACUCGAGGAUUCGUCGUGGUGACGUGUUUCUUUACGUACACUCGGCCGACUUAGCCUGUAGAUGCCCGAAAAUCAAGCCAAACAGAUCGUACUUGAUUCUCGGUCAAGAAAGCGAUGGCGGAGGUCAAGGUGGACUGACAGUGACGCAGAGGUCGAUUGUGAUCGAAUGGCGCGACGAGUGGCAUCGUCGAAUGCGACGCUUCCAGCGGAGGGCAAAAUCGUGCCAUUGAACUAAUUUGCAUCACACCAAGGAAAAUUAGACGGAGAAAGAUUGGGAAGAUAGAGCAAGCAGCGGAGAAGAAAAAGAUGGAAUAAAAGAAAAUGAACGAACCAGAGAGAUUGAGAAACAGAAGUUAAAACUUUACUCGUAUAUGUACGUAGAAAAGGAUGCACAUUCAUUUUCAAAACUGCCAAUAGCUGUAUGUACUCUCGCAUACUUACUUCUCGAACAAAAUAAAAAUACUCGACGAUAUCCUAAGAUUAAUGAUAAGUAACAAAGAAAACUCAAACGAAAUGAAGUGCAAGUGAGAAUCCAAAUACACGUGAACAGGGCGUAAGUUGGUUUAUGUUGCAUACAGAGACUUUUAAUUUAUCAAAGCUAAUAAAUUGUUUACGUCAAGGAUCAUCAAUAUAGAAAGCAACAUCUAUAUCGAAUAAAAUGAUGAACGGUUUAUUUGAUAACUUAAUUUUAUUCUUUGAUGUUUUGGUUAUUUUUGUUGACUUUUCUGAUAAAUAAUUCCAAAUACACGUUAACUUACUUCUAAGAACUUAUUAACUUUUGUAUAUUAUGUUAUACAAUUUUUAUAAAUAAAGCUGUAAAUUUAUAAAUGUAACAGUCUCGGUGACAUAUUUUUUGAGCUUAGGAUUUUAGUUGGCAUGUUCUAAAAUUUGCUAUAUCUGGUCUAUAUGGAAACAUAUAGUAGGUAAUAAAUAAAAACAGAUAGUAGGUAAACAUAUAUACGCAUCUCUGUAUGUAUUUUUUACAACUUUUUAAAUAAUUUGGGUAAUAAAACAUAUGAAGUAUGUAUAUCUAAUUAGAGAUUUCUAUUAUUUUACAAUGUAUUGUGGUAUAUGCAACAAUUUUCUAGAAAUUUGGAAAAAUUGUGUAUACAUAUAUUGCAACAACAACAUUUCUCACAUGCAUUUCAUCCAACCAAAAAUGCAAUAUUUUGUAUUAAAUUAGACUUAGUUAGACAUUUAUAUCGAUAUAUGUAUACAUUUUCUAUGAAUUUAUAGCUUAUAUUUUUUUUCUAUUCAAUUUAUAUCAUAAAUCAGAAGAGAUUGAGAUCGCACUAUAACUUACAAUAAAGGAAGUUACGUUUUACAAAUUAUAAUUCAUAAGUUGAUUUUUACUACGCUACGUUGCAAUUUGAAUAUCAGACAACGUAUAUGCUUUAUCUUUCUUAAAACUUAACGUUUUUAGUCUCAAAUUUAACAUUUUGCUCAAAAUGUGCGAAAAAAAUCGAUAAGAAUGUUGUAUGCCGUUAAAUGUAUUAAUAAAAUGAAUCAAAUGUGCAGUAUUCGGUAGUAAAUUAGAAUUAUAUGCAUAUCAGUCGUAUCACUAUUUCGUAUAAAUAUGUCAUUUUUAUAGUUUGUUAUAUAUAAUACAGAUACACUACGAAUGCGAAGAAUAUGCAAUAUUGACACGCGUAAUCAAAAGAAUAAUAAUGCGGUAUAAUGAUUUUAUUAGUAAAUUCGCAAUACUUUCAUUUUUUCUUUUACUUUAAUUAAAGAUGUGUCAAAAAAUAGAAAGAACGCAUUCAUUUCAUGCAAUUGGGAAAUCUGUUUAUUAAUUAAUAAACUAUAUAUAUAUACACAUAAGUAACAAAAACUUGUUUCUCUAAUUCUUAGGAUAUGUAUAAUCUAACUAAAAUCAAAGUUUCUAUCAUCCUUUCUUAGCUUAUAAAACACUUAUAUACGAGUACGUAUAACUAUACAACAGAUAUGUGCUAUAAUACAUUCUAUUGUACCUUGUAUUUCUAUAAUACGCAAAUUACAUAAAGUAAAUUAUUAUACAAACACAAUAUAUUCAAUUAAAUAACAAUACACAAUAUUAUUAUAUGUAUAAUUUACAUAAUAAUUGGAAAUAUACACAAUAUUUGUGCACAAACACUGCCUGCAAUUUGCCGAUAUUUAUAUACGAGAGUUCAGAUAAACAAGUUUUUACUACCUUAUUUUCCUUUUAUUUGAUGACAUGUAUGUAUACAUAUUAUAAAUUCUGUGAAGUUUUAUUAUUGACAAAAACGUGGACACAUGGUGUUUUGCCUAAAAGAUUCUUUAUGUCAUGUAUAUCAAACUCUUUGGGUUUACGAAUCGUUCCUGCAAAGCGAUAUUUCAUCUCUCUUAUUGCAGUUAUGCCACCAGUUAGACUAACAAUAAGAUUUUACAACGUUGUACAUUGUACAUGGUCUUUUCCCCGCUCUCAGACUUCCCAUUUUUCUCAUAUAGUAUAACCUUCUUUUUUAAUUUAUUUAUUCUUCUCUCAUUCGGUUAUCACAAAUCGAUCACAUUUAUAAAGAUAUACGCGUACGUUGAAUGUAGAUUUUCUUGUACAUUUUCUAUAUAAAUUAUUAAGAUUCUUUUCUAGUUGAUAUUAUUAUUAGUAUUAUUAUUAGUAGCAGUAGUGAUAAUAAUAGUAGUAACGAUUAUCGAAGAAAUAUAGAGGCUAAGCUCGAAAUGUGUGGAAAUAACUAUUCAUCGAAUGAUCGGUUACUACUUGCUGCAAAAAGAAUUGUCGUAGCUUCAAAUGUUACGAUGAUUAAAAUUAACCUUGUUGUCGUCAUAAAAUUUGACAAGACAUAAAGGGAAACGGUAUUUACUUAAUUAACAUAUAUUUAAUGCGCUUUAAUAUGAAAUUUCGUACAAAAGGGUAUGUGUAUAUUAGUAAUGAGAAAUUUCCUUUUAUAAUUUUACAUAACACGAACAUAAUCAAUUGUUCUUCCGAAUUUUAAAACUUGUUUUCCCUGCAUGUUAUUCGUGUAUACUUCGACAAUAAAAAAUAAGCCGACUGUGGAAAUUUUACAAAUGAAAUGGGAAACUUUAUCGUUAAGUGGAAUUAAUUAUAACAACAUUCACAUAUACAGGUACAUUAAAUAAAAUGAUUGAUGAUAAUUGUCCUGCUUAACAAAUAAGUUCCUAAGAGUGACAGGCACGUACAUCUUAUAAUUUUCCCUUAAAAGUUUUUUAAAUCAGCUAUAUCGAACAAAUUUAUUUGUAAUAUUCGACAAUUAAUUUUCUUAUCAACAUCUUUUAAAUAAACAACAAAUAUUUUCAAUCGUUUCCUAAACUAUGACUUCAUUUAUAUUAGCUACAUGUAUAUAGGGUGCUGGAUAUUCAUCCUUUCUUAAAUUUGAAACUAAAAGUUUUACCUAAUUAACAACUUUUCAAUAAAUUGCAAGCUUAAUGUUUAGUAAAAUUUAUUUUGCCAAGCAUUUCUAUGCAUUUUUAUUAUCAUGCAUAUCAAAAUUGACAUUUUGAUAGUGAAUACAAUAUAUGUAUUACUUUUAAGACAUUCUGUAUGUACUUGUUUAUUUCAAUACUUACUAGCGUUUUCUAUCUCAAAUCGAGAAAAUUCUCUUUGCAAAAGAUCUCUAUCGAUCAAUCAACUUUGAUUAGUUUAUAAUAUUCACGACUAUAAAAAUUCCGUCUCGUAAAACGGAACAUACGAUUCAUCAUUUCUAAACAUGAAAACGUAAAAAAAGUAAAAAGAAAAUUUACUUCCAAAAUAUUAGAGAGAAAUUCUUCAUUAGUUAUUAUUAAAACCAAUCGAAACAAAACAUCCAUAGCAUAAUUUAGAAUAAAAUAUCAAUUUAAAAAAUUUGUGAAAAUAAUUCUGAUUUGCAAUAACAAUAUCUUGCCUCCGCAAUUGGAGAACGAUUAAGCAUCGUUUUAUAUAUCAAAAUCAACGAUGCAUCAAUGUACUUACGAUAUUAAUGAAUACCGAACGCUGCAUGUGUUCAUGUGAUCGUAACAGCGAACUUAUAUAAAACCGACGUAAGAUGAUAUACGUACUCUAAAUCUUCGUUUAUGUGACUCUUUUUACGAGGCUUGAUACGUAGAGAAAUAUUUUUCUAAUCGCUUGUUUUUUAAUUACUUAAUCACUUAAAAUGUAUUUUCAUUCUGAUAGAAAGCAUCACAAACGAAAAAAAAAAAUGUUUUCUAUUUAUUUUCCUUAAUAAAUAUUAUCAGUAUAUCUGAAAGAAACUGGAUUAUUCUCCCAAAUUUAUGAUUUCUAUUAUAAAAAAAACUAAAAAAGAGUCACGUAAAUAAAAAUUAAAGUAAUGAACACGACUAAUAAUAUUCGAUUGAAAUAAUACUGUUCGACAUCAACGGCAAGAGAAUUUUUGUAAGAGAAUCAUACUUUAAUUAUUGUAAUCUCAUUGUUCGCAAGACGUUAUUUCGAAGAUUCACUGUUUCCGUCGCCUAUGCUAUAAUUACGUGUAUAAAAUGUACCAACCUAAAAUAGCUUUAGUAUAAGUAAAGAAUAUAUCAGCUAUUCACAAAAUUAGUACAUAUAUUUGAGUGUUAGGAAGAAAGGAUAUACGUACAGAAUGAUGUAUUACGUUACAAGGAAGAUCGAUCGAUCGAUGUGGCUUAUUAUAAUAUCUCGAUCAAAUUGCUAAAGAUGUCACGGCCGAUCGAAUUUUGUAAUAUUACGAGGCAUAGUAUAAACGCAUAUUUAAUUCUGUUCUAUCAGUUCGAAAUGAUUUGAACACAUCUUCCAGUCCUUUUAUAAGAGACUUAGAAAUUAGAAUGAUGUAACACCUUGAUUUUUUGCAUUCUGAAAACUAUCCUUACACGUUAAGAUGAUUUAAUACUUCGCGUAACUAUUUCGUAGCAACAAAUAAUUAAGUUUAUUACGACGUUUUUAUAAAGAUGCAACAUCGAUUGAUAACAAAAAUUUGUUCUUUAUAUACGUACAUAUAUAGAUAUAUUUGUAAGGCAGAUUGCAAAAAAUUAACAGUUGAGAACUAACGAUCAUUCGGUGUCAUUACACAAAGUAAUUACAGCAUAUGUAGAAAUAAGGGGAUCUUAUUGUUAGUUCCGUUGUUCAAUUUCCUUCGAGCGUGUUAAAAGCAAAAACUGCACCGUUUAGUUACGAAUGAUUCGCGCGAUAGUAUUGUAGAUGGAAGAAUACCGAUUACAGGUCCGAGAUUUUACGAAAUUCUUGACCAGUUGUAUGUAUAUCGUAGAAUAUACACGAUAUCACAGUAAGUGUGCUAUUUAUACCUCUACAUUAUUAAUCGAUUACUGUUGUACCACGAUUACGAUUUAGAUUCGAUUAAAUUAUUAAGUGUAUCGUUGUGUAUUGUGGUGUAAUAAAUGUGAUUAGUUGUAUGAAUAAUAAAUACAAUGCAUAAGGAAGA